AUGAUUAAAAGUGAAGACAAGAACCAGUCCAUAACUGAGACGGAUGAAAGGGAAGUUGCAAUUUCAAUUCCUGAGGAAGAGAAAUCCUCCGGGAUAACAAGUGAAUCAUCGAAAGUUAAACAUUGGAAGAAACCGAACCUUUUCUUGGAGAUACCUAGCAGAACAUUGGAGUUAUCCCGUCAAGAGUUUGUUCAAAUAAAGAUGCCUCCUACGCCGACUCCAACUCCCACUCCCACUCCCAAAAGAGUGAAUUUCCUUUUAACGCCUAGCCCUUCUCAUGCAAAAUUAAGUGGAUCUCCUUGUCCCUCAUCCAAAGCCAGACCAUCCAUCAAGAAUUUGCUGCCAAAACUAAGCUUCAAGUACAGGAGUUCUAAUCCCGAUAUAGAAAAGACUGGUAAUCUUGAUUCAGGUUUGUCAACUGCCAGGAUGCAAGAUAAUCCAUCCAUAUCGAAGUCAUGGUCACUAACAAAAAUUUUUACACCUCGUAUGAAGAAGACAACAUCCUUACCUGUAACUCCAAUUGCACAUUCAAAUCCGGACUCUGUCCGUGAUGGAAAUAUAAACAGUUCUCAACCCCUUGAUACAAAAGUUGCUCAGCGGCAUAUGUCCAGGUCACUUUCUGUCCCCGACCUCACCAAGGACAAAAGCACCCGGAAAAUUGAUUGCUUCUUUCGUGUGAUUCCCUCAACUCCUCGAGUGAAGGAUGGCACUUCAGAAGUGUCAACGGUGACAACACCUGGAGCAUCUGAUAACAAUGAAGAUGAUGGUGAAGAUAUACCUGAAGAAGAGGCAGUUUGUCGAAUUUGCCUUGUUGAACUAUGUGAAGGUGGAGAAAUGCUUAAGAUGGAAUGUAGCUGCAAAGGUGAACUAGCUUUGGCUCAUCAAGAGUGUCUUGUAAAAUGGUUUAGCAUAAAAGGUAACAAGAUGUGUGAUGUUUGCAAGCAAGAAGUUCGAAAUCUACCUGUCACACUUCUGCGCAUCCAAAGUACUAUAAAUCGCAAUACUGAAGCAACUAGCUUUCAACAUAUAGAAAUCCACGGAUACAGAGUUUGGCAAGAAGUGCCGAUUCUUGUCAUCAUUGGUAUGCUGGCCUACUUCUGUUUUCUUGAGCAGCUCCUGGUUAACAAAAUGGGUGCAACUGCAAUUGCCAUAUCGCUUCCCUUUUCUUGUGUGCUUGGUCUUCUCUCAUCUAUGACCUCUUCAACCAUGGUAAAGAGAAGAUUUGUCUGGGUAUACGCAUCUGUUCAGUUUGCCCUCGUUGUUCUCUUUGCUCAUAUCUUUUACUCCUUGGUUCAUGUGCAAUCAGUUUUAUCAAUUCUCCUCUCAACGCUUGCGGGAUUUGGUGUUGCAAUGAGUGGAAGUUCUAUUCUCGUAGAGUUCCUGAGAUGGAAAAGGCGCCGACAUGCUGUUACAAAUCAGAAUCAAAUGAGUGGCCAAGUCGUGUUAAAUCAGACUAGGUGGCCUCAAAUGAAUCAAACUGCAAUGCCAUCUUAUCAAACAGAAGCAGAAAAUCCAGAAACGUUUAGCGACAGAUGA